UAUUUAUUUGAAUAAUUGCCUAUCAUUUAAAUCUCUCACAUAAAGCAUAAAGUACAGCAGAUUCUUAAUAAAGGAUAAGAAAAAUAAACACAAAAACUAUCAAGUUCACCUUUAUAAAAACAAAUACUUUAUGAAUUAUUUAAUAUAAGACAAUAAAUACAACUUAUCACUCUUUCCUACCUAACUUGAUUCCAGAAGCAAUUUGUAACUGGUAAAUUCUCAAACUUAUUCUUUAAUUAAGUCAUCCCUUCCUUCACUGUUUUGUUUGUUUGUUUGUUUUUCUUCUAGGAUUUUCCAGUGUGUGAUUGUGCUGAUAUUUAGAAUAAAUGUCAGGAAAAAAUCAUACCAAAGUGACUGAAUUUAUCUUGCUAGGAUUAACAGACUCCCCUGAACUUCAAGUUAUGCUUUUUAUAUUAUUUUUGGUGAUUUACACUUUCACAAUGAUGGGAAAUGCAGGGAUGAUUACAUUAAUCAAAAUAGAUUCUCAACUCCACACACCUAUGUAUUUUUUUCUCACUAAUCUGUCCUUGGCUGAUAUUUUUUAUUCUUCAACUAUCACUCCAAAGAUGUUAGUUGAUUUAUUGUCUGAAAGAAAAAUCAUCUCUUUUGCUGGAUGCUUUUUGCAGAUGUAUGUCUUCAUUGCACUAAUAACUACUGAAUGUAUCCUCUUUGGACUGAUGGCUUAUGACCGCUAUGUGGCCAUCUGUAAUCCACUGCUUUAUCCAGCAACCAUGUCAAGGGCAGUCUGCCUGAAGAUGGCCUUUGGGGCUUUCACAGAAGGAUUCUUGAACUCCAUUAUUCAUUCUAGUUACAUAAGUAGUUUAUCCUACUGUGGCUCUAAUGUCAUCCAUCACUUUUUCUGUGACAGUCCCCCAAUUCUCAAACUCUCUUGCUCUGACACUCAAAUGAAUGAAACUAUUAUUUUCAUUUGUGCUGGGAUAAACAUGUUGGGAACAGUUCUGAUCAUCCUUACUUCUUAUAUCUAUAUCCUUUUCUCUAUUUUACGCUUGAAUUCAGUUGAAGGGAGGCGCAAAGCUUUCUCAACUUGUGCUUCUCAUCUUACAGCUAUUGCUAUAUUUUAUGGAACUGAGAUUGUUACUUAUUUGUGUCCAAGUUCAAGUUACUCCCCAACUCAAGGAAAAGUUAUAUCUGUAUUUUACACAGUGGUUAUCCCCAUGUUGAACCCUUUAAUCUACAGCUUGAGAAAUGAGGAAGUGAAGAGAGCUUUAAAGAGUGCUCUUACUAGGAAAAGGAUCCCAACCCUUAUAUGACAUUUUUUAGGAUAAUAAACUUAAAUUAAAAUUCAAAUAUGUAAUUCUUUCAACUUCUAAUUACUGACAUUAGCUGAGGUAGCCUUAGUGUGUCUUUUGUUUGUCCAUUUUACUUUACAUGACAAUAGAAGUUCUAAUUAUAAUAAUUAUGGAGAACAGAGUGGCAAUGAA